UAAUAUUACCAAAUAUAUUUUCUUUCCAUUUACUCACCCUAAAAGAAAACAAAGCUUUGAAGCAAAUUAAAAAGUUUAUUGAAGGAAGAGUUAAACUAGAAAAUGAUAAAAUUUCAAAAAUCAUUAUUGAUCAAGAUUAUUGGUGUACAAUGUUUAUUACUAGUUCUUUGUGUUGCAUCACAAGACUUUGAUUUCUUCUACUUUGUUCAACAGUGGCCGGGGUCUUAUUGUGACACGAGGCGUAGUUGCUGCUAUCCAACUACUGGAAAACCUGAUGAAGAUUUCAGUAUACAUGGUCUAUGGCCAAACUAUGAAAAUGGAAAAUGGCCACAAAAUUGUGAUAGGGAAAGUUCUUUGGAUGAAUCAGAGAUAUCAGAUCUUAUAAGCACAAUGGAAAAGAAUUGGCCAUCACUAGCUUGUCCAAGUAGUGAUGGUAUGAGAUUUUGGAGCCAUGAAUGGCUAAAACAUGGGACUUGUUCAGCACUUAGCCAACGUGCCUACUUCCAAACAGCACUUGACUUCAAAAGAAAAUCAAACCUUCUUCAGAAUCUCAAGAAUGCAGGGAUUCAUCCAAGGAAUGGAGAACAUUAUAGUUUAGAAAGCUUUAAGGAAGCAAUUGAAGAGGGAGUCGGACACACACCUUUCAUAGAGUGCAAUGUGGAUUCACGAGGGAACAACCAAUUAUACCAAGUUUACCUUUGUGUGGACUCUACUGCAUCAAAUUUCAUUGAUUGUCCUGUUUUCCCACAUGGUGGAAAAUGUGGUUCCAAGAUUGAAUUUCCUCCUUUCUCCUCAAAUGAUCAUGAUGAAUUUUAAAAUUUUUUGUUUUAAUUAAUUGACUCAACAUGAUCAUAUUCUUGAUCUCCUUUGUUGUAUUUGUAAGUGAAAACCUUCUAUAUUUGUACAAUUGUACUAAUAAAAUUUUAUUCCAAUGUUAGACUUAUAAUUCCUCGA